ACAUAUGCUGCAAAAUCUAUUUUCUAUGCUAAUUUGGUUCAGUUCCUUCUUAAUCUUUUUACCCACACAGUCUUUCCUAUUCUCUAUGUUUCUUCUUUAUCGGCAAAAAGUUUUACUUUUUUCAAUCGUUUUUCCAUGGGUGGUAUUUGUUAUAGUACGUUUCUUGAAAAUUUAGAAAAAAGAAUCCAUACUCGAUUGUGUUAAAUUGGUUGAUUGUAGUUAAGGUGUUUGAUGAUAUGCCACCUUCUGUUUAUUGUAUUUGUAUGGAAGUUAGAUUGGAUAGAUGAUGCACAUCCAUCAAUGUCUCCUUUGUUUAUUAUUCUUGUAUGUAACAUAAGAUGCAGAUGACAAAGGAUUUCUGGUUUCCACUGUAGAUUCUGAGUCAGUAUGAUUGAAUUUUUUGUCUUCCAUGAUUGUAUUUGUGAUUUUAGUCUUACUUUUUAUAUUCUGAUAUACCUACUCCUCCUUUGGUAACUUCAGCAUGGAAAAGGCAGUCAUGCAUUGACGCAUGCCAAAUUUUGUAACUUUGUGAAAUACCUAAUUUGAUAAAUCUAUUUUAAGGGCAAUGGCUUCUUGUAAACUGAAUGAUGCUGCUGUAUAUAAUGGAUUGGCAACUGAAAGUGGUGAAUGGGCCAAAACAAAGUUGAAGAAAGGAUCUUUUCCAGAACAACUUUCGGUCCAAGUUCGUGAUUCAUUUCGAUCAAACAACUCGAAGAGGUUGAGAUAUGCAGAUGUUGUAGGACAUUGUUGCCCAGUUUCAUCAAAGAUGAUGUUAUAUUCUUCAGUUAUACGUAAGAGGAGACGUAUUUCUUCUGCAGUGCAACACCUGAUAAACUCAGAUUGUAGUGUGCGUUCUUCUGAACUGGAAGAGAGUUUUGUCACAGAAGAGGAGAAUGAUGUCUCAAAUACAAGACAAGUGUAUCCGGACUUGAUGGAUAUUGGUUCAACAGAGGAACCAGAAAUGAUUGAGAAUUCGCGAUCUCAAAAUAUCAAACGUGAGCUCGUUGCACUUUCAUUACCGGCACUUGCUGGGCAAGCUAUUGAACCUAUGGCCCUACUAAUGGAGACGGCUUAUAUUGGUAGAUUAGGCCCUGUACAGUUGGCUUCUGCUGGAGUUUCGAUAUCAAUCUUCAACAUUGUUUCCAAGCUAUUUAACAUUCCUCUCCUCAGUGUUGCAACUUCUUUUGUGGCUGAGGAUAUUGCGAAGAACUCCCUUAGAAGUUCCAGUCAAGAGGAGAAUUCUGAGGAAGCAAAUGGCAAUGGCAAAGCUUUCGUUGACAUAGCAGAAAGGAAACAACUAGCUUCCGUCUCUACAGCUUUGCUUUUGGCUGUUGGCAUCGGUAUCUUUGAAGGUUUGGCUUUGUAUUUUGGAUCAGGGGUGUUUCUUAAUCUGAUGGGUAUAUCAUCGGGUUCUUCUAUGCACGCCCUGGCUCAACAAUUUCUAUCUCUUAGAGCCCUUGGUGCUCCUGCAGUUGUGGUCUCUCUGGCUCUUCAAGGCGUUUUUCGUGGUUUUAAGGACACAAGAACUCCUGUAUUAUGUCUAGGCAUCGGCAAUUGUUUGGCUAUCUUUUUGUUUCCCCUACUUAUGUACUACUUCAAGUUAGGUGUAACCGGAGCUGCCAUUUCUACUGUUAUCUCACAAUACAUGAUCACCUUUUUAUUGAUAUGGCACCUUAAUAAAAGAGCUGUGUUACUGCCUCCAAGGCUUGGAGCACUACAAUUUGGUGGCUAUAUGAAAUCUGGUGGUUUUCUUCUUGGAAGGACUCUUGCGGUACUUACAACCACAACCCUGGGGACGUCAAUGGCUGCUCGGCAAGGUCCUAUAGCUAUGGCUGCUCACCAGAUAUGUUUACAAGUAUGGUUGGCUGUUUCUCUUAUAACAGAUGCACUGGCAGCAUCGGGUCAGGCAUUGAUUGCUAGUUCAGUUUCAAAAGGGGAUUAUAGAUCUGUGAAGGAUAUCACACACUUUGUUUUAAAGAUUGGUUUCGUGACAGGUGUUUCUUUGGCUGCAAUAUUGGGCAUAUCGUUCGGUUCUAUAGCCACAUUGUUCACAAAAGACGUUGAAGUAUUGAGGAUUGCUAGAACUGGGGUUCUGUUUGUGAGCGCUAGUCAGCCUUUGAAUGCUUUGGCUUUUAUCGUGGACGGUUUGCAUUAUGGAGUUUCAGACUUCCCUUAUGCAGCUUAUUCCAUGAUGUCUGUCGGAAUUUUAUCAUCUGCAUUUCUUUUCUAUGUUCCUUCGACUUUCGGUCUUUAUGGUGUUUGGUCGGGUUUGACUCUCUUCAUGGGAUUGCGGAUGGUGGCAGGGUUUAUCAGAUUGUUAACCAAGAAUGGGCCCUGGUGGUUUCUGCAUCAAGAUUUGAAUAGAGUUAAGCUUGCUCGUUAGACGGGAUCCGGAGAUAAUACUGAUCUGAUUACAGAACACAGUCUUGACCGCUGAUAUACGUACUGACUGUAGGUUUGUCCAUUUGCCGUUUUUAUUCGUUCAUUUUGGCGUCUUUGUGGUUUAGCGGUUUUUCGCGCAUUGAAGGUGUUUGGAUGUGGCAUUUGAAGCAACUUGUUUCAAAAGGUGGAGGGGAGAUUAUGUAUUUUGAUGUUAAUAAUCGUAGAUAGACUAUCUUGAUGUUCAUAAUUGGAGAUGAGCCUACGUUUUUAUGUUGUUUUUUUAUUUAUGAAAAUGGGAUUAU